GAGCCAUCACUUCCUGCUCCACAGAGUCAGCUGACCUCGUAGUCACAUGACCAGCAUGGCUGCAGUGUAUGGAGGAGUGGAGGGCGGUGGAACGCACUCCAAGGCUGUCCUGGUCGCAAAAGAUGGGAGGAUCCUGUGUGAGACGGAGGGCCCCUGCACCAAUCACUGGCUGAUUGGCACAGACCGGUGCUUGGAAGCCAUCUACGCGAUGGUCACCGAGGCUAAAGGGAAAGCGGGGCUGGACGUCCAGGUUCCCAUCCGAUGUCUGGGUAUGUCUCUGAGCGGCGGGGAGCAGAAAGAAGCCCUUAAUAAACUCAUCGAAGAGCUGCAUCAGCGCUACCCUCAGCUCAGCGAGAAUUACUACAUCUGCAAUGACGCCAUAGGUGCCAUGGCGACCGCUACAAAACUGGGUGGAUUAGUCCUGAUCUCUGGGACUGGUUCCAUCUGCAAACUGGUGAACCCCGAUGGCAGUGUGACUGGCUGUGGUGGAUGGGGACACAUAAUGGGUGAUGAAGGGUCAGCAUACUGGAUUUCCCUCCGAGCGAUGAAAACCGUGUUUGAUGCUACUGACAACUUGGUGGUGCCACCGCAUGACAUCAGCUAUGUGCAGGAAGCCAUGUUCACUUACUUCCAGGUGUCCAAUCGGCUUGGAAUUCUCACCCAUCUGUACCGGACCUUUGAGAAGUCCAAGAUAGCCGGAUUCUGUGUGAAGUUGGCAGAAGGAGCCAAUAAGGGGGAUGCUUUGUGCAGCUCUGUGUUUCGGGGCGCUGGUGAGGUCCUCGCUAGUCACGUUGUUGCUGUUCUUCCCAAAGUCGACAAGGCCUUAUUCCAAGGGGAACUGGGUCUUCCGGUGCUGGCCGAGGGCUCGGUGUGGAAGAGUUGGGACCUCCUGAAAGAUGGUUUUAUCCAGGUCCUGGAACAGGCCCGAGGCAGCCAACAUGGAGCAGAUCUACGGCGUUUCAGCCUCUUGAGACUUAAGCACUCGUCAGCUGUGGGCGGAGCCUGCCUGGGAGCCAAGAACAUAGGACAGGAUCUGCCUCUUAACUACCAAGAUAAUGUGGAUGUCUUCUACACCCAUUCCUUCACGUAGACCGAGGAAACAUGCUCUUGGCUGUGAUACUGGUUGUCUUUAAAGAGCUCCUGUACUCUAGUGAUACACAUAAUGGAAGGGAUAGGUAGAGGAAGGAGAUGCUCUACCAAUGGUGAAGAUUUUAGUGUAUAUUGGAACGGUCAUGUUUAAAG